AUGCCACCACGCGCACGCGCGAAACCUGUCGCAGAGCCUGCUGCGCCUGCAGUAUCCGAUUCAGAGCCCGACCUCGAUAUGUUCGACAAAUCCGAUCUUCAAGCAGCUGCGCGCACAAUAAGUACGACCAAGAAACCCCGCGGACGACCACCCGGCACGGCUAGCAAGAUUACUAAACCUGCACAACGAGCGACGCGUCGAGGUGGGAAGGAGAAGCUCCAAGCUGUACCUGAAGCGGUUGCGCAACCAGAUACUGCGGGUAAAGCAACUGGCAGCGGUACGAAUGCGACGCGAAAGGCCCAACAGAUGGCCCCAGACGAAACAGUUACAUUUGAGGACAUUGAGGGUCCGUCAAGUGUUCCGGCUACUGAUGUGAAGAAGGGGACGCGCGGGCGUCCAAAGAAGAGCAAUGGUGAUACGUCUGUUCUUGCGCCCGAAAGUGCUGUGAAGCGACGUGGCCGACCUCCGCGACAGCCCGAAACGCCGAUCGUAGAAGUUCCAGAAACACAGCACGAAGACCCAAUGGAGUUGGAUCCUGUGUUGGAAGAGAGUGAAGACGAUAAUGCUGGCGCAGUACCUGAUGUUGAAACUAUCGUGCCAUGGUCAAGUUAUGACACAACGGACGACUCUACACGCCGGCGACUAGAAGAUCUCACCAGGAAAUAUGCAGCGCUCGAAUCUAGUCACCGGGACUUGCGGGAAGUAGGAGUGCGAGAAGCUGAGCGGAACUUUGAGCGACUGAAAAAGCAGGCCGAGGAGCGUACUGCCGCUGAGCUCAAGGCUGAACUUGCUGCUCAAACUGCGCUUGCAAAUGAAAGUGAAGAGCUCCGAAAACAACUUGAAGCAAACGAAACCGAGACGGAGAGUUUGGAAAAUAAUAUCAAGACCUUGAAUGGUUCAUUGUCUGAGGCCAAGUCCGAAAUCAAGUCACUCUCUACCAAACUAGCUGCUGCGAGGUCAAAUGAAACCAACUCUCGAGUGCCAGGAAGCGCUAUCAAGACAGGGCUGAUGAACCGCACUGCUCAGGCAGGAGCUGCUCACGCUCACGCUGCGCAGCUUACUGCACAGGCUAAAGAAAGACUCUAUGCGGAUUUGACCGAUUUGAUUCUACGCGGCGUGAAGCAAGACGAGGCCGAAGAUAUCUUUGACUGCAUCCAAACUGGGCGCAAUGGUACUCUUCAUUUCAAACUUGUCGUUGAGAACGAUGCUUCGGAUAAUUACGAGGAUGUGUCAUUUACCUAUCAACCGCAACUGAAUCCUGGGCGUGACCAGGAGUUGAUAGAUGUGCUCCCAGGAUAUCUCACCGAGGAGAUCACAUUCCCACGAUCUCAAGCGCCCAAGUUUUACUCCAGAGUUAACAAAUCCUUGACAGAAGAUUUGACGAGGCAGUGA